AUGAGUCCAUCCGAAAAGAAGAGGCCUAAGAAUAUAGUGAUUUUCAAGAUCCAAGAAAACAAACUGCAGGACAAGACAAAGCAACCUGCCAGCAAACUAAUUGAACGAGACCGACUUAAAAUGGUGUUAAGAAAUUUGUCGUUCUUGAAGCUACUCAAGAGCUCGAACCAUCGGAUCCAAGAGCUGCAUAGCUUGGCUAGAAGGUGCUGGAAUUCAAUAAUCAGAGUUCCCAAGAUGCUCCAAAUCUCCUCUGGGGACAGUGUCUGCAAGAAAGUGAAAGAAAAGAAGGAAGAGCUCCAGGAAGCUGGGUCCCUGAAAAAGCAACUGGAGUCCCAGAAAGUGGAGUCCAUAGGGGAACCUAAGGAGCUAAAGGAUUGGAAGCCCAAGGUGGAGUCAAAGCUGGAGAACAAGGCAAAAGAGUCACCUGUAGCAGUGCCAAGAAAACAGGAUCCUGAGGGUGCAAGGACAUCAAGGGGUGUUGGGCUGAGAACAGGAGUCCAGAGGAGGGAGAUCCGCCCUCAGGGUCCCAGAGUCCUCUUCUUGAAGGCCUAUCAUCACCGAACUCCCAUGGGAGACAAGAAGCAGCUGGGUAUGGGUGACCAGUGGGUCUGGUUUGAUGGACUGCCCACUCGAAUCCAUGUCCCAGGGCCUCGGGUCAUGUGCAGACCCUCUAGCUUACGCUGGGCUAAGCGCUGCUGCACCCGUUUGUGCUCUGCAUCACUUCAGAUGCCUAUGCGCCGAAAAUACAAGGUGGGUGUGGCGACACCACUGCAGGGCUGGGGUGAGAUGCAGAGCAAGAGCAGGGCUUGGGAUGUGGAGUCUUAA